AUUACUCAAUCAGUCAUCAGCGUAGCCACUCAGCCUUCUCUCUCCCCGCCUCACUCUCUCUCUCUCUCUGCGAUCCCCUCCGUCGUUCGCCGCCAAUCGCCUCCGCCCACCACCGCGUCAACCACCAUCUCCCUUCUCUCUCCACUUUCUCUAUCUAGAAUCCCCACCACUCCCUCGAUUACAUGUAAAGAAGAAGAAGCAGAAGAGAGAUUACAGUACAAACCCUAGUCCGAUGUCGGUCCACGAACAAGCCGCGGCUGCGAUUCUCUCUCAAAUAGCCCUAGCCGCCGACGGAGCAGUGCUCGGGAUAACCCUAGCUUACAUCGCUGUUCGGAGUAUUCUCAAAUUCACCGCCGCCUCCUCCGCCCUCCGCAAAAUUCGUGACGCCCCUUCGCUUCGCGUCUCCGAUCUCCGUUCUGUUCUGUCUCAAUCGGAAGGUUCAGAUUCUUCUUCGAAUGAUUCGGAGGGAGGGAAGCUUGUGAUCGUUCGUGGCGUUGUUGAAGCGAAAUCGGUUGUUGAUGGGAAUUGGAAGAGUUUGAGGUCCAAUGUACUCGUUUCUCAUGAGUCCGGCGAGAAAGGUGUUAUUUUGCAUAGAAUUCAAACGUGUAUAUACAAUGAAUGGAGGGGUUUUUUUGGAUGGACUUCUGAUCUACGUUCUUUAUUUUCAAGAUCCUGGAAAGAGCAAGAAUCUGUCUCCUUAAGAAUGGUUCCUUUCAUUCUUGUUGAAGGUGGUAGGCGACCACAAUCUGAUUAUUUGAUCGUCAACAUGGAUGGAUCAAAACAUCCGCUUCCUCUUGUGACAGUUUAUCAUCAGUUGCAGCCUAUUAGUGCUUCACCAUACACAUUCCUUCAGGCACUCUUUGGCCAUGAAUACCCUGUUGGACUGCUUGAUGAAGAGAAAAUUCUUCCACUGGGAAAGGAUAUCACAGCAGUUGGCAUUUGUAGUUUGAAAGAUGGAAUUCCUGAGAUCAAAUCAUGCAAGGAUCUUCCAUAUUUCCUGUCCGAUUUGACUAAGGAUCACAUGGUGGUAGCACUUGCAUUCAGGACUAAAGUGUUAUUGUGGAGUGGCGUUGUGAUUGGUGCAUUCUCAAUUGGUAUCCUUGGCUAUGCUGCCGUAAGGAACUGGAGUAGAUGGAAAGUGGAGGAGGACCACCGGCGGCGAGUCAAACAGCAAACCCCCCCUGAUACCGACGAUGCUGAUCCUCAGAUUGCAGCAGAGGAGACCGGAGAUAUUCCAGAUGGAGCGUUGUGUGUUAUUUGCUUGAUGAGGCGAAGGCGGUCUGCAUUUGUUCCGUGUGGGCAUCUGGUUUGUUGCCAACGUUGUGCCCUUUCAGUUGAACGCGACCUGGCUCCUAAGUGUCCUGUGUGUAGGCAAACAAUCCGGAGUUCUGUGAGGAUAUAUGAUUCUUGAGAAAUGGAAAAUUAACAUUUUGUUUAACAAAUACGUUUUCGUAAAGCAGGGGUAACGGAUUUUCUUCGGAAGUUAUGCUGACUCGGUAGCAAUAGAAUUAUAGUGUACACAUUGGGUUAAAGGAGCUGGGGAGUGAAGAGAUACAAUGAAUAUGCAGAGUUUUGAUGAAUUUUGUCAUUGUGAUGUGAACCGGUCACUCAAGUGUAUAUUGAACAUUAAAAUUUGUGUAGUUCUGUUGAACUCUGAUAAUAAAUGAGGAAGAGAUGUGAAAACAUGGAGUUAAAUAGUAAUUUGGACUGAAACACAUGUUGCAAGUCGUCUUCUUCUCUCUCUCUCUCUCCCUCCUAUGUAACUCGAUGAUCACAGAACAGACCUGCUUAGUUACUUGCUUGUAGGGUUGAGCGUUGCGGGCUUGAUCUCUGCUCGAAACUUGAUAAUGAAGAAAUAGUUUGGCUCGAUUAUCAAA